UAAAGGCAAAUAUAUUUUAAGGGAAAGUAGAUGUUUUGGGGCAACUGAAAUAACACUUCUGAAACUCUGCUAUAUAUGUGUGUGUGUUUGUUUUGUGCAUUGGCAUAGCUUUGUCCCUAACAGUUCAAAGAGAUACCUAGGUAUAUCAGUUGUAACAGCUGAGAGACCUAAUUGCCUUGCAUGAAUGCCAUUUUCCCAAAAGCUUAUGGCAUCAUUUCCCCAAAAGGUUGUGACUUCUAACAAUGCCUUUCUAAAGAUCAUAAAAUAUCCAAAAGAUCAUGGAGAUCUCCAUUUUCCAAAAAUAGAAUCCUGUGAAAUGUGGUUUGGUGAGGCACUUGCACUCUUUGGCAGAGAAGGCUAUUAUACAUGAGAACAGUUUAGGAUUUGUUUUCAGCAUCUCCAUGGGUAGAACUUGUGAUUAAAAAAUAAUUUUGAUGUUAGCUGACUGUUUGGACAAGCAUUUCUACCUGAGAGUUGUGAACAGAAGCAAACUGUAGUCACCUUUCAUCAGUUAAAAUAAAAGUUGAAAGGUUCUUGUUUUCUUUUAAUGAAAGGGGAACAUAAUCCCCAUCUGAUUUUACAAUUUCACAUUCCACAGAACAGAAGAAUAGUAGACUAUUCUUCAGAGCCUGGAAACAACAAGUGACAAGCAGGGUCUUGUUUUAUUGUCAUCAUCUCUGUCUUGUUACUUUUGGGAGUAACAGGAUCACAUCAUUUUGAAAUUCAUUUUCAAAACUAAAGUAACUAAUAGGAAGAUGGUUUCAUUAUGUGAUGGGAUAUUGUUGCAUAGUAGCAUUACUUGUUGCAUUUGAAAUGACUUUGAAAGAAAACCUGAGCAUGUUUUAUGCCAUUUGGGUACAACUUCUAUCAUAUGCAUUCCCCAAAGGUAAGGAAAAAAAUAACUGGAAAGUAACAAAAAAUGUAUGGGAUUAAACCUGAAGAGUGCUUUCAGUUAUCGGUCUCUUUGUUUAUGCGUAUAUAUGACUUAGUGGGACCUGUGUAUAUUCAGAUACAAAGAAUGCUGGGAAUUUCUCCCUUUUCAUUAAUUUCACAAAAUACUAAAUAUGUUGAACAAAAUCAGCCCUGAUGAAAAGCAUAUUAAGGUAGCAUUGACAGUCCUUUCCACCUAAUUAAAUCAAAUGGAAAUGUAUUCUGCAUUAUGCCAAAAUUAGACUCCAACCAUUACCGGCUCUUUGUGACCAGAGGAGGAGCCACAGAAUUCUAUGCUCUCACUGCCUUCAAGACCUAACUGAUAACUUUUGGGAGGGUCAUGAUUUCUACCUCUAGAUGUUGACCAUAUUAUUAUUUCAUAACCAAAUUGGUGACUAAAAUCAAGCUUGCAGAAUGAUUGGUAGGAGAUGUAAACAUUUUGUAUUUUCUGGACUACUUCUCAUCAGCAUUAAAAUGGUGAGUACUUACUUUAUUUGAUGCUUUAUUUAUAUUUGUUACCUGGCGAAUGGCUAAAUUCUACCUGACAUUUGUUCGAAUCCUACUUAGUUUUAAAUAUUGUUUUUCUUUUAGCCUUUUGGGUAGCUUUAGAGAAAUGUCUACUUAAAACAGUGAAGAUUAUAAAGUUUAGUGGAAUGUGAUGUCCUGCAAUAAAUUAAUUCCCUCAUAUUAUUAUUAAGCCAUUCUUUGCUCUACUUGUAUAAUGUCUUCAGUGUAAUAUUGGAAUACAUAUAGUUCAAUCCACAAUUGAUUUGCUUAGUUAGACAGAAAUAUAUUUUGCCUUUCGACUAAUGAAAUUUAAUUUCUCUUCCCAAAAAUCUCUUAUUUCUGAGAAUACUGCUUACUUAGUAGCAGAAGAAUGAGAGAAACUUGGCCCAGUAAUUUCAAGUACAUUUGCUUCAGGAUUUAAACAUAUUUCAUAGUAUGUCUUCAGUUGUGAUUCACCAUGUGACUAAUACAUUUUCUGAAACCGAAGCAUAGACCAAGCACUCCGUUUGUUAAUCCCAACUAGAAUAGAACAAUUCAAUUAACAUAAUGGAUAUAGGGUGGCUGAUACAUUCUUGAUUUAUUGGCCAUCCUUUCAUUCAGUGGGUCUAUUCUGACUGAGUUAUCGCUGUGUGUCUUCAAGUCCUUUCUAACCUCUGGUUACUUUAAGUUAUGGUUAGCUUGGUUUUCUUGGUGAGGUUUGUUCAAAGACAGUUGCCUUCCUGUGAGUCUGAGGGUGCUUCUACACAGACAGUCUAAUGCAGUUCAAGCCAACUCAAGGGUGGCUGUCCAUAAAAUGUGCACUGUAGUGCAGAUCAUGCCAGAAAUAGCACAUCAAAAACUCACCAGAAAAUCCAGAAUAAGCUAGAUAAUGUGCUGUAACUGACUUGAGUAUAUCCCAUGCAAAACUCUAAUCUGAGUCCAAAAAAUGUGGAGCGCAUGUCAGGACACCCCUAGUGCGGAAGUACUUUUAAAAACACCAAAAUACAGCCAGAAACUAAACAAUUAUUCCCCUGGGAAAGGAAAACACAUCAUUAUUUUGGGAGCUCUUGCUUUCUGCCCCUUUGUUCCCAUUUCCUGUGCCUUGGCACAGUCCAGUGCUAAUCCCAAACAAACAUAGAUAUGCACACCAUCGCAUCUUAGAGGACUACGGAAGAAAAAAAGAACAAGUUGUUUACCUGUAACUGUGUUUCUUCAUAUUAUGCAGUUCCUGGGUUUGGUUCUGAUUCGCAAUCAGUGGAUAUUGUGGCCACCAUCUCAACCUCGAGCCAGUUCUUGGGGUGUUAGUGUAGGCACUGCACAGCAAAACUGGUUCAUUUUAAUCUAUUUCCAAAUUGCAUUAUAGUACCUGUGUAAAAGCACUCUUAAGUGUGACUAGCUCAAAGACACCCAGUGUGUUUCUGUAGUUGUACAAGGAUUCAAAUCCCAUUGUUCACUCAAACACUUCACUGACUUCUAGCUAAAUUCAACUCUAGUUGGAGAUAAUAAAUUUAAACCAGAAGGUUUUGAAUACUACAUUUGAAUGUUUUACUCUGAUAUUGCUGUAAUUGCUUUUACUCUGAUUUUUCUGUAAAAGGCAGCCACAUUCACAUUAAAAAGUACAUCAUAGUGAUUGAAAGAACAUCAUAAUAGUUUGGAUAUUCCGCAAUAAGGACAUGCAGAUUUUAAAAACUGAAUUUAUAGGUGUAUGGGGACCAAAUGUCCACUGAAACCCAUGGGAUUUACCAUUUAUCCAAGUAAUGUUUGAAAUUGUUAUGCCUAUCCAUCAACAACUGGAAGAUUUCCCUUCUAGAUCAAUUCACUGUCUGAGGAAGGAGAGCUGAUCUAGUAAUAUGAUCUGCAUUCCUACACCAAACCCAUUAAUAGCUCUGUAGCUGCUGUACACAUCUCUACACAUUUAACAAGCCAAAAUAAAACAAUAUAUAAAGUGGUACUUAUUCACACUUUUGUUUAAGGAAAUAGUUGUCUUGUCGCAUUUAUAAUGCUAAGGUCUGGCUAAAGUCAGGAUGAAGGACUAAAUCUAAUGGAGCAAAUAGCUUAAUAUUCUAUUAUUAGAAACAGAAACUAACAAGAUAUCUCCAUAUGAUCCAUUUCUCAUUGUGUUAUUAACAUUUUAAAUCUUUUUUUACAGGUUAUUUCCGCUAACACAGGUAAAACCUGAAAGGUUUCACUAUAUCUGUAUAUGAUGUGACAUCAACAAGUCUCUACAUCCGAUGGUCCAAAUUUCCAGGAGCUUUUUCUUAUAGAGUAAUGGCAUCACCUAUGAACAUAGUGGGCCAUUCGUUGGUGGCUUAUUUCACUGAUGUUACCAUUGUAGGCACUUUAACAUCACUGACUCCUGACACAGUCUACACAGUAAAGGUGGAAGCCAUUGACAUCAAUGGUGUUUUACUGGCCGAAGCCCAUACUAUGCAGUUAACAGCUCCUGAGAUUCCUACUAUUGAACAAGCCUAUUCAAAGCUGAGUAACAGUAUCACAGCAGAAUGGGCAUCAGUCCCAGGGGCAUCUAGUUACCUGCUGACAGCACAGGACGGAGAGUCCUUCAUUGAAACAAUAGUCACUGGUUCACCAGGCACUGUGACAGGGCUGAAGGCUGCUACGCUGUACAAAAUCACCAUCCAAUCUAUAAAUGCUGGAGGAAGAAGCCAGCUGUCACUUUCUAAGAAGGCCAAAACAGUACUUGCUGCACCCAUCCUGGCAGCAAAUUCCCCAAGUCAUGACAGCAUAGUAGUGAGCUGGAGAGCUGUAUAUAUGGCUGUUGGGUUCUUCAUUUCUAUCAUGAGAGCAGAUGGUUUGGGUGGCAUGUUGAAAGAAAACACUACCAACGACUCCUUGAUAUUUUCAAGCCUAGACCCAGGAACUCUUUAUACCAUCAAGGCACAUGCUUGGGAUGCUAAUGGAAUACCCGGGGAUGACUCCACCUACAACCAAAGAACAAGACCUCGUGCACCAGGAGAUGUCCAAGUGGUUUUUGACAGCGGAGCUUUGAGAGCAACUGUUUCUUGCAUGCCAUCCGAGGGGGCUUCCAGAUACGCCAUUGCAGCCUUCAGUGCCCUCUCCAAACUCAACUGUAAUACAACAUUCACUUCUUGCACUAUCCUGUCACUUGAAUGUGGGACGGAAUAUUUCCUGUCUGUGGUAGCUAGUAAUGAAGCUGGCUCCAGCUUGCCCACAGACACAAUGGCUUUCAAAACAGUCCCUUGUGCUCCAGAAAGUAUAACAAUUGAAGAAGAUGAGCCUGGAAGCCUAGAAGUCUCCUGGUCAGAUGUUGACCUCAGUGAUUACUAUGUGGUCUUUGUGAAAAGUGAUGAUGGCUUGGAGGUGCACUGCAACACAUCACAUACCCAGUGCCACUUCCAAUCUGACUGUGGUUUCACCUAUUUCAUUAGUGUCUUUGCCUACAACAAGGCAGGGCAGAGCCCCUUAGGGGACAUAUUUAACUAUACUACAGCACCUUGCUGCCCCAGUGAUUUUAACCCAGUGUUUGUGUCAAGCGACACAAUUCAAAUUGUCUGGCCUCCUGUCCGUGGUGCUGAAAUGUACGAAACCAAAGCUGUUGACUGGACGAAUGAACUCUUGUGCAAUGACACUGCCACAAUAUGCACCUUGUCUGCGCUGCAGUGCAACACUCAAUACAAUAUAACUGUCUAUUCUUUCAGUGAAAUCCGAGGCAGCAACACAUCAUGUGCAUCAAAACCUGUGGCAACUGCUCCAUGUCGUCCAGAAAUCCUAAGUGUAUCUAAGGAUGCCAUUUCGGUAAUUAGUGUAUACUGGCAUGCCAAUAAUGAUGAAGCGGCAUAUACAGUCACUGCAAAAGGAGCAGCAGGAAAAUGGCACUGUGAAAGCUCUGGAAGUUCAUGUACUAUUCGUAAUCUCCCGUGUGGGUCUUCAUUUUCUGUCAGUGUUGUAGCAAGGACAGAAGCAGGGCAGAGCUUGCCCAGUUACAGUGUCCCCUUAGAAACUGCUCCUUGCUGCCCAGCUGAUCUUACAGUAACCCAAGUGACACAGUCUGUAACAAACAUCAGUUGGUCUUCUGGGAUUGGUGCAACAACACACAUAACAACUUUGGAAACACACACAGGAUUUGCCAGGUGCCACACGCUCCAGAGGUACUGCCUCCUGGGAUGCAUUACGUGUGGAACCAACUACAGCGUGUCUGUCCAAGCAAUUAGUGAAACAGGUUUAAUAUCAAAUUGCACAUAUGGAGGAUUUUCAUCAAGUGCUUGCUGUCCUUCUGGGGUACAACUAUACAGACUGGGCAACAAUGGCAUACGAAUACAUUGGCAUACCUCUGAAGGCUCAAUAAACUAUAGCACUGCUCUUUAUGGUUCAAAAGGCAAUUUCACCUGUACGCCUAACACAGACCUGACCUACUGCGAUAUCACUGAGAUACCUUGUGGAGAUGUCUAUACAGUUGUGGUGUCACCAGUAACUGAUGAAGGAUCAAGAGUUGCAUUUUGUCCUAAGAAGAUAUAUUCAGUGACCUGUUCUGGAAGUUCAGUAGGAAUGGUGAUUUACAGAGGAAGGAGAACUGCAGAUCACCACCACGGACUUCUGGAAAAAACAGACUGAAGCAAGUUGGUAAGAAUAUACCGGUAUUAAUAUUUCAAUCAUUUUUGUUGGGACAAGCGUUUAAUGCUCUUGUAUUACCUUUCAGUUCCAUUGGAUGCUAUAUCAACUUUGCUUCUUCAAGCGUCGCAAUUUCUCUAUAACUGCUGUGGCGGUCACCAGUCAAUUACAUUGUACAGAUUAAAACACAUACACCUAUCUUGUUACCUUGCAAAUUAAACAGUAACUUUUACUGUUUCCAUACCAUGACAUCUGGCCCAUGUGUUUGUACUGACUCUUAUAAAAUGUAAUAGUCAGAUCUAUAGUAUCUACAGAUAUUACAGCAGUAAAAAAAUGUUAUUUGCCUGUAGCAAAUGAGUAUAAUUUUUAAGCUGCUGCAUAAUAACCACAAUAGUUUUAACCUCUUCCACCAAGUGAGCCAAUUCUGAGAGCCUUUUCUUAAUAUAAUGAAGGGGCCAAAAUGUUGAAUGUAAAUAAAAAUACCAGACAUCACAAAAUGGCCAAAAUCCACCUCGUUUCCUGGAGGAUAGGCAACUUAUUUUCACUCUCCUUAGCUGCA